AUGCAAAGAUUCCUUCUAAUCCUCAUUUCUCUCGGAUUCGCUCUCAUUUUUGCCAAGCCGCACAUCACUGAUGAACAAAAGCAAAAAUUCGCGAGUCACGUCAAAGCGAAUGAUAGCAAUAUGUUCUUCGUUGCUUUCAAUCCCGAUGACGAUGACACACAAGGAGGAAUGAGAAAUGUGCAAAAACGAUCGGCUGAAAAAAACGACCAAGGCACACAAACGGAUCAUUCAGCCGAUACUGAUGACAAUGAUAAAGACGGUGACGCAGUGGACACUAAAACGGCAGUGGAAACUCAACAAAAGAAACCAAAGAGAGAUACACAACAAUCUUCAAAUGACACCAAAAAAGAUGCACAAGAUGAUCAGAAAAGUCACCACGACGAUUCUCCUCAUCAUCAAGAAGAGGAAUAUGAAGAGUUC